GUAUUUGGACUACGUCAAGCGCGAGAAGGCCGCAAAGAAGGAGGAGCGGCAGCUGCGCCUCGCACGGUUGCGGCCGCGGCCUCGCAAGCCGUGCGCGCGCUCGGACCUGGCCGAGAGCUUGGGCGCCCGAGAGGCCAGCCACACCUCGAUGAACCUCAUGACCUCUGUCCCCAGCACCGCGAGCUUGCGAACUGUCACGGCACCGAUGGUGAUCGAAGACCGCACGCCCACACCCGAGCAGUGUGAGGAGCCGACAGUGGGCCCUGGGUCGCCUCGCUUGGCUGAGCCGCGCGUGCGCGACGAGAUUCCGGAGAACGUACGCAAGCUGUACAGCAAGUUCCGUGGUCCACUGAUGCUGAAGUACCUGAAGGAGCUCGCGUCCAGUGACCAGGUGACUGGCUGGCGGCUCUUCGAGGUUUCCCGUUCACCGGAGGACUCCACUGAGGAAGCGCUCAGCAACGACCGGGAGAAGGAGUUGAGCGACUGGAACCCAGGAAUUCCAGCGGCGGGCCCAGCAGCACCUGGCCCGGAGGCAGCGGCAAAGGCGCAUGCACCAGGUCUGCCAGGGCGGGGUCGGGAUGCUCAGGGAUCUUCCGCACUCAUGGUGGGAGCGCAAGAUGCCAAAGCAGAAGGAUGCAGACUUGCCCUCGCGAUCGCGGAGCCGCGAUGGCAAUCAGACUUGGGCGCGCUAGAGUGUGAAGGAUGCUGUCAGGAUGCUGAUGAGACUGUGCACUGGUACAACAAGCAUGGACAGCUGGCAGAGCAGAUCCGUCUCAAUGCGGCCGUGGUGCAUGAGCAUCUCUCGGAGAUCAAGCCGUCCCAGGCGAUGAAGAUCCUCUACGAUUUGGACCAGCAAGCGAAGGAGACUUUGACAGACCCUACCGGAUGGAUCAUCAAUCAGGCGAAGCUGCGCAAGCAGGCAAACGAGACCAAGGGCAAGGGAGACGGCAAAGGAGAGAAGGACGGCGACCACAAGGGCAACAACAAGACCGACGGCAAAGUUGAGGCUGCAAGCAAGGAUGCCGUACCCGAAUGGCGCAGCCAGAAGUCCGAGGAACUCGAUGAGAAGAACAACAAGACAGGAGGCAACAAAGGCCAGCAGUGCAAGGCUGACGAAGGAGAAGAGCAGGAGACCGAUGAGUUCCGUGCCAAGAUGAAGAGGACCAUCAACUGGUACAAUCGCCACGGAGGCCUCCUGGCGCCGAUCCGUUUCCAGGAAGUGAUUCAGACCCUGGGCAUGACCGACCCCCGGGUGGCCAUGAGGAUCCUCAAUGACUUGGACCAGGCCAACGCUGAGGCUGUUUUGCAAGAUCCCACCAAGUGGAUCAUCGAGGAGUGUCGCAGGCGUGCUCGGGCCUUGGUUACGCCAGUACAGGUCUGUCUCAAGGCCGCAACGCCUAAAGCUUCAAAGCAUCAUCCUACUGCUGUUGCCACCAG